AAAACCAGAAAAAUGAAGAAAGGAGUGAUAUUAGCUUUCUUUCUCACUGUCUCGCUCUUCUCCUUCCCCUCUUUCCAAUUCGAUUCGAUGAGCUCCCCCUAGACAACGAGGAGUUCGGUCUCGAGGGCGCGCCACCUCACUUCCUUGAACCCGCAAAGUCGAAGUCUGACUCCAAGAUCCAGUUCAUUCUGAAGCACGCUUUCAGCAACUCCGAUUUUGCUCCCGUUGGCACUUUCUCUGCCCGCCUCAAGACUUGGAUUCACGGUGGCUAGUGAACGACGCUGUUGAGGAAACGCCCAGAAACUGAGUCCGAGGAAUUCGAGAUCUUGACUAAAUCAGAUUGGAGUUCUGAAAUUUUGUUUAUUUUCUUUCCUAGAUGAGUGGAGGAGAUCUAGAGUAUCAGCAUUUUCUUAACUAGAGAGCAUUUUGACAUGGAUUGGCACAAUUGAAGGUGGAAAAGGAACUAUAUAUGAGGCUUUUUCAUACAAACUUUCCUUGUAAUUUCCAUUGGACUACCCUUUCAAGCCACCUCAAGUCAGGUUUGAAACUAUGUGCUUCCAUCCAAAUGUUGAUCAGGUGGGAACGUUUGCCUCAUUAUUCUUCAGGUAUCAAAUUAAGCAAGUAUACUGGUUUUCAAUUAAACCAUUUGCUCUUAACAGCAGGAGAACAAGAUUGGGAAAGGAAACCUCUACUUGUUUCUGUUAUAUUCCAGUGUUUGAACCUAUUGCCUGGGUGGUUAUUGGAAUUAUAACAUUUUUUCAUUUUUUUAUUUUUCAUGGUAUAGCUUUACUACUAAACCAAGGGAUCAUUGGUUGUGGAAUUUUUUUUAUUUAAAUGUUUAUUAAUUAAAACUCAUCUUAAUGUUGCAAUAGGACAAAUAGUCUUCUGCUUAUGAUUGCAAAACCAUUCUAUUGUCCAUUCAAAAUCUAUAAGGAGAUCUGGUUUCUCUUUCUUUCAUAUUUAAUCCAAGACGCUGGUAAAAUAUCCCUCUAAAUUGACCAAUAACUCUUCUUGCAUGCAAAGUUAAUCCCAAGAAUACCUGCAACAGCUAUGCUGCAGAACAAUGGAGCAAUAAAGAAGGUUGAAGAUUGGACCAUGUCAUUUCCCAUAUCAUAUUUAAUCCUCAUUGCUGUUAUUUAUUGUGUUUGAAGAUUAAGUUUCAAAGUUUAAUGUUCCUAGGUUGACAACUGUUUAUUGACCUAAACUAGGUAUUAUGUACUAUGUAGAUGCAUUAAACUUUAAGGAAUUUG